GGAGGUCUACUGCUUUUGGUGUCUCGCGAUUCGCGCCGACUUCCCCCUUUAUGGUUGUCGAUAAAAAAAAAAAAUUUUUUUUUCUCCCCCCCGAUGAAAACAGUGUAUUUUCACACUAAAAUUAUAUGAGAAAUUUACCUUGUGACUUAACAUCGAUUUACACGGCAAUGUUAAUUCUCAUUGGAGUGUUAAUUGGACCAAGAAAUUACUCUAUUUUCGUUCCAGGAACAUCACCACGAUCGCGGUUACUUUAAGUGUUUUUAGUUUUGUAUAUAAUAAAGUGUUUUUCAUAACCUACCCAAACCCCCACCACUAAUUAAAGGGAGGGGGGUUAGAGAGUGUGCGGUGAAAUAAACUGAUAUUCUCGAAAAUAAUGAGUUAUGUUAUUAAUUUGGAAAUAUAUUCGCUAUCAAGCGAAUUGGCUCGCGCAAACAGUAAGCGCUUUGCGCUACUGGCAAAUUGUGCAUUAGCUACAGCUGAUUAUGAGCCAAUGGGAGUAGAAGCAGAAUACCCGGGUGUGUUGGUGAAAAUCUGAAUUUUUUUUUUUUUAUUAAUUUUUUUUCAUUGCUCUGGGGGGGGAUUUAUUGUAUUUUUUGGGGGGUAGGGAAAUGAGUGUUCAGAGUCAUCAAGAAGCAGUAAUGAUUGUAACGGGGGGUGGUGGUGGUAAUGGUGGUGGUGGUGGUGCUACUGCUACUGCUGCUUCUGCUGCAUUUAAUAAUACGAGGGUAAAACGUGAAAAAAUUGACGUCGAGGGGAAUAAUGUCGUUGCCGGUGAAGGCGCCGACGUCAAAACGAAUAUGGAAACCCAACAACGUGCUCCGGUGACGCCAAUUUCACAAUCGUCACGCGUAUCAAAUGGUUUUCAUAAUGAGGAUCUCUUUAGGGACGUCAUCACUGGGAAAUUUGCAAAUCUCGUUCAUAAUAAUUCAACCACCAAACAUGAGAAAAUUCGGCUUAUGAUCGAAGAAAGCAUUGGCGACGACUCGAAGUUUCGUGUUCAGGAAAUUUUCUCAAAAGUGGAACAAUUGAAAAUCGAGGAAAAAUUAUUAUUGUACCUGAAACUUCCAUUGUCUCUGGCAAAUCCCAGCGGUACGAUAGAUCCACUUAAACAGCCAUUGAAUCCAUUGGGCAAUCGAUAUGAAAUUCAUCAGACAAUUAUGUGGAUCAAGACACAUUUGGAGGAGGAUCCCGAUGUAUCGUUGCCGAAGCAAGAAGUAUACGAUGAAUACAAUAUGUUCUGCGUGAAAAAUUCCAUGAAACCCUUAUCCACGGCGGACUUUGGAAAAGUCAUGAAGCAAGUGUAUCCAAGGGUACGUCCACGAAGACUUGGAACGCGUGGUAAUUCUCGUUAUUGUUAUGCCGGGAUGCGAAAGAAAAUAAAACUUGAUCCACCAAAUUUGCCAGUUAUCGCCGGAUUACCAACCGACGAUAACGCUGAGGAGAAUAUCACCGAGGAAAUGUUGGGCGCUGCAUCGACACUGAUACGUGAAUGGGCUGAAAAAUUAUUGGGUUUAAAAUUUCCAACACUCAGUGCCUUGGGUCGAUAUUUAGUUGAUAAUCUUUUCGUCGACACACGAUCUUUGGCUGCUGUUUGUAUUGUUUGCAAUUCGGGAACACCCGAGGCUGUUAAAAAUGAAACAUCAAAGUCACCCAGUGAUGGAAAACAGGGAAAAAUGCGCGAGGCGCAAUUACAAUUGCAAAGGAAAUUACAACAACGGGAGCAUGUACGCGACCAAAAGCAGCGACAGUUGGAAAAUGAGUCGCCGAGUCAGAACAAAGAAAAGACUGUAAAUAAUAACAAAGGAGGACGAAAGAGUAAUAAAAAGAAGAUGACGACGCCGACGACGACAACAUCAAUAACAAAUCAAUCGCCGCAGGAUGGAAGCGUUAUAACGUCCAUAAAGGGUAAUACGACACCAAUUCCACGUCAAAGGAAAGCCGUACGUAACAACAGUGAUUAUGUCUCCCAGCAACCUAACUGUGAUAACCUAGUGGUACAAUCAAUUGAGAGUGUGCAAAAGACAACAGAUUCCCUUCCAAUAAAGUCAAGGAAUCAAAGAAAGCGUACUAGUGGAGGAACCCCAUCACAAGCGGAUUCCAGUCCCGAGAAACAGGCAAAGCACUCCACCGCCGAGACGACAACAACAACAACAACAACACCGCCUGAUGAUGGUUCGUGCACGCCAAUCCACGAGAGCGGGAAAAUUCCAGUGAUACUAGCUAAUAAUCGUAAAAACUUUAGUGAAGCUGCCGAUAGUCAGCCCCCAAAAAGCUGUGAUAUUGAUAUACAAUGCGCGAAAUUAAAUGGUCGCUCAACUGUCAUGGAGCCAAAGACCAAUAAUGACGAAGAAAUUCCCCUAUUGGAGAAUUCGUCACUCCUUCAACGAACCAAUCUCGGUACAAUUGAUCCCGAUUCUCUCGAUGAUUAUCUAAAUGGCGGUAAUAAUUCCCAAGAGCAGGAGGAAGAAUUAUUACAAUAUUUUCAACAAGGCGAAUCUGAUCUUGAAACUGGUAUAAUACCACCCAGUGCCGAUUUAUCAUCAUCCAGAUCUGAUAAAGUCUCCGAAUUACGUUUCAUUUUACAUCAGAAUCUUAAGGAUAUCACGCGAUCGGCGACGAAUCAAACGACCUCGACGCCUGUUAACAUUCCCACGAAGCAGAAGAUGACAAAUCCAACGACGAAUGUGAAUAUUCGAAGGAGAGUGAGUUUCGAGACUAGUGUCAUUGAGCAUGAUUCAAUAACGACGAGCAGUCACACGGUGCCUCAGAGUCCGAACACAAGACGACGGAUCUUUAAUUUUACACCUAUUUCGCCGGGUCCGCAUUCGCCGAUCAAUGGUCGCGCCUCGAAGUGUAAUUCCGCGAAUGCUUCUCCGUUUGUCUCGCCCCGUAAUACACCAGUGCCGCGAUCGAAGAGUAAUCUUCAGAAUGGCUAUCGAUCCCGAAGUGCUAAGAAAACCUUAUCGCGCUCCAUAUCCUGCAGUGUGCCAUAUACCAACAAAAAUGAAACCUUCGUCGUGCCGGAGAAUACGAGACAAGUCGCUCGUUCGCCCCUCGUUCUCGCUAAAACGCAUUCCGAAAAUGCAUCGCAAAAUCGAAAUCAGUUCCCAAGCAUCGAACCGCAGAAGAUUAUUGGCAAUUAUCAGGAGAAUCACUUUAGGGAAAACCUUCGGGUUCAUCAGGAGAUUAAUCGGGAGAUAAAUCAGGAGAUGAAUCGGGAGAUAAAUCGGGAGAUAAAUCGGGAGAUAAAUCGGGAGAUGAAUCGGGAGAUAAAUCGGGAGAUGAAUCGGGAGAUGAACCAGGAGAUAAAUCGGGAGAUAAAUCAGGAGGUGAACCAAGAGAUAAAGAACAUCUACCAAGAGGCGAAAACCUACAAAACCCAAUCAGACCAAGAAAUCUCCGAAUUACUAAACGACGGCAAACAAAAGCUCGAAGUCUCCCAACAAGCCAAGGACCUCUACAGUCGUUCGCAAUCGGUCCCCCUCUAUCGAAUGGUGAAUCCAACUCUAAUAUCCCCAGUGUCCACCACACAAUUUUUAGCCCCAUUCCGCAGUUUUAAUCCAUCCACAAGCAGUUCGAUAGCCCCAACACCAGUGCCAAGUGAAUUCACCGAUUUCUAUUCAAUCGACGCACCCGACGAUGCAAUGUACCUCCUCGAAGACGCAAAUUUCAUGUCCGACGAUCAUCAACAAUUCCUCAUGAACGACAAGGAAAUGUCCUCCGAGAAUAUUAACAAUUUUCUCAAUAUUCUCAAUGACGAGCAAGAAAUCUUGUCGCACAAUGGUCAGGGUGUGAUGGAAACAAGUUCCCUGCUACUCGACAGUCUACCAAAUUCCUAUCUGAAUAUAACAAAUGAUAGUGGAAUCGAUGCGGGAAUUGUCAUUGAGAAUACGAAUUUACAGAAAAUGAUGCAAUCGCGUUCUUAUCCGAAUACACCGUUGCCAUUGCCAAUAACAACGGGAUGUACAUUGCCAUUCACGGAGGAUAGUAGCGGUGCAUCGAGAUCUUAUCCAACGACGCCAUUGCACAGUGUACAGGCGAGGGAGCAAUAUUCGGAGAGUAAUGAGCCGAUGCUGUCGAGUCCUACGAUUGAUACACUUAAUUUGAGGGGCGAUGUGACGGCGACUAAUUCAUCGGAAAGCGUGUGUCAGAGUGUUGCGGAAUUUCUUGAACCUAGCUUUUUGGAUAAUGUGGAGAAUGGGGAUUUAGAUGGACUUGAUAGUUUUGAAGGACUGCAGGAUACCCUCCCACCGCUUUUCAAUGAGGUUGUUGAGCCGAAUCGCUGAAAAUUGGAUAGAAGCAGAAAAUUUUGGUCCAAUUCACUGCCAACGUCGGUCGGGAGGAACUUUGGUUUUUCUGAUUUUUUCUUUUUCCUCUUUUGGUUCUUUUUUUUUCCCCAUUACUUUCGCAUGAGUAAUGAAAAUGAA